AUCAAAACCUCCCCUGUCAAAACCAAUUAUGGAAUCCCAUUCAGGGGACUCUCUUCUAAUAGAUUCUCACAGCCUAGACUCCAGUCGAUAUUCCAUAGUAGGAGCAGAUCUCCGUUUCUCAUCAGAUCUGGAGGAAAAGCUAAAGAAACAUAACCUGGAUAUACAUUUGCCAACGCUUCUGGUAGCGGAGUGUGUACUGGUUUACAUGACACCACAGCAAUCUGCAAAUCUUUUAAAGUGGGCAGCAAGCACUUUCCCAGUGGCGAUGUUUAUAAAUUAUGAGCAGGUGAAUAUGACCGACCGGUUUGGACAGAUCAUGAUUGAGAACCUGCAGAGACGACAGUGUAACCUGGCUGGAGUGGAAGUCUGCAGAUCCUUGGACUCUCAGAGGGAACGGUUGCUGUUAAAUGGCUGGGAAACUGCACGUGCCAUUGAUAUGAUGAAAGUGUACAGCUUUUUGCCACAGGCUGAUGUCAAAAGAAUAGAAGGACUUGAAUUCCUAGAUGAAAAGGAAUUGUUUGAACAACUAAUGCAGCACUACUGCAUCUGCUGGGCUUCAAAGGACAGCAGUAAUCUGGGUCUUGCAAACAUCACAUUCUAAUGUAUUUGCUCGAGGGAAGCCAUGGGCUCAGGAGCCACAGCGACUGCCUUCUGCUUGAGACAAGAUCACAGAAAUGAUGGGACUUCGCAUGUGCCAACUUCAGUCUGCGCAUCUGUGUAAGCGGCGCCAGCACAGAAGGUGGCGGGUGCUGCUGAUGUCGACUGUCCUCUUGGCUUUUGGUAGUUCUAAUGAAUCUUUUUUGCCCCUCGUGAGCAGUUGUUACGGGGCAAGGCUCGUCUCCCAUUCCCAGAUACAUAAUGACGGACUUCCAUAAGGUGUCAGUAAUUCCUGUUUAAAAGCUUGCCUUCCUUAGUUUAAAACUGAAAGUAAAGUGUUCUUGGAUUAUACGAUUUUCCUCUUUCGUCUUUUUGUGGAUGUGUAAAGUGUAUUUGUGACAGGA